UCUCUUCCGCGCACACACACACACACACACACACAGAGAGAAGUGAACUCUUCCUUGUUUUCUUCUAUUCAGGCUGCACCUGCUCGGUGUACCGGAGGACAGGCGGUCAUGUCCCCGCGCCGCGCGCUCUGACCCCCGGCUCGUGCUCUACAGACUGUGUGUGUGUGUGUGUCUCAGUUCUCGGGACAGAUGCGGUUCACCGGCUCCCUGAAGGUGCGCGUGGGUGAGGCCGUGGACCUGAAGCCCACCAGCGCGUCCACACGUCACGCCGCCGCGUUCGGUAAAGCGGGCCUGAACCUGAACCUGGGCGCGCACGCCGCCUUGGACCCCUACGUGGUGGUGAAGGUGGACGAGCGCGCGGUGGGACAGACCCGCUCCAAGCCGCGCACCAACGCGCCCACCUACAACGAGGAGUUCAGCGCGUGCGUCAGCUGCGGACAGACGCUGGAGCUCGCGGUCUUCCACGACUCACCGAUCGGCUACGACGACUUCGUGGCGAACUGCACGAUCCACUUCGAGGACCUGAGGAAGAGCGCGAGCCCCGACGAGACCUUCGAGGGAUGGGUUGACCUGGAGCCUGAGGGGAGAUUGUACAUCCAGAUUACUCUCAAUGGAACUUUUGUUGAAGCUGCCGAUGACCCCGCCCCUCCUCCCGCUUUUAAGGAGUUCAGUCGGAAGCGUCAGCGAGCAGUGAGGCGGAGAGUUCAUCAGGUCAAUGGACACAAGUUCAUGUCCACGUUCCUCAAGCAGCCCACCUUCUGCUUCCACUGCAAGGAGUUUAUAUGGGGUGUUUUUGGUAAACAGGGGUACCAGUGUCAAGUGUGUACCUGCGUCGUCCACAAACGGUGCCAUCAGCUUGUCGUCACUGUGUGUCCACGCAUGAAGAAACCUGCCAAAGAACAGACGGUGAAUCAGGGGUUCAGCAUUAACGUUCCUCACAGGUUCAAUCUGCACAACUAUAAGGUUCCCACCUUCUGUGAUCACUGCGGGUCCUUACUGUGGGGCCUGGUGAAGCAGGGACUGCACUGUAGCAUAUGUAAGAUGAACGUUCAUAUCCGCUGUCAGGGAAACGUCGCGCCCAACUGCGGCGUGAACAACGUGGAGCUCGCGAACAAGCUAGCUGAGAUGGGACUUCAGCCAGGAGGGACGAUAAAGCGCAACACACUGAACCCGUCUGCUGCAGAGUCGUCGUCUCAUCGAGCCAGUGUAAAGAAAGGAGCAGAUCCACAAGAAAGUAAAGGUCGAUUACUACACAUUCAAGACUUUACCUUCCUCCAGGUUCUUGGCAAAGGCAGUUUUGGCAAGGUGAUGCUGGCCCGCUUGAACGACUCAGAUCGUGUAUUUGCUGUGAAGGUUUUGAAGAAGGACGUGAUUCUGCAGGAUGACGAUGUCGAGUGCACAAUGACAGAGAAACGAGUGCUGACACUCGCACACUCACACCCCUACCUCACACACCUGUACUGCUGCUUCCAAAACCCGGAGCGUUUGUUCUUCGUCAUGGAGUUCGUGAACGGUGGUGAUCUCAUGUUCCACAUUCAGAAGUCCAGGAAGUUUGAGGAGAACCGAGCUCGAUUUUACUCAGCCGAGAUCACCUGCGCACUCAUCUUCCUGCACAGCAAGGGCAUCAUUUACAGGGAUCUGAAGCUGGAUAACGUGCUGCUGGAUCGGGACGGUCACUGUAAGCUGGCGGAUUUCGGGAUGUGUAAAGAGGGGAUGUUCGAGGGAGCCGCUACCGGGACGUUCUGUGGAACUCCGGAUUACAUCGCUCCUGAGAUCCUGCAGGAGAUGUUGUACGGGCCGUCGGUUGAUUGGUGGGCUCUGGGCGUGCUCCUUUACGAGAUGCUCUCAGGCCACGCCCCCUUUGAGGCGGAGAACGAGGACGAUCUGUUCGAGUGCAUUCUGAAUGAGGAGAUCGUUUACGCUUCAUGGUUGAGUGCUGAUGCUGUGGACAUCCUUAAAGCUUUCCUGAUGAAGAACCCGGCUCGUCGUUUGGGCUGCGUGGCGACGAGCGGCGGAGAGAACGCCGUCAUGAAGCAUGUGUUCUUUAGCGCCAUCGACUGGGAGAAACUGAACCGGCGGGAGAUCCAGCCUCCGUUUAGACCCCAAAUCAAAACCGGUGAGGAUGUGAAUAAUUUCGACCCCGACUUCACGAACGAGGACGCGGUUCUCACUCCCAUCGAGGACGCCGUGCUCCCGCAGAUCAACCAGGACGAGUUCCAAGAGUUCUCUUUCACUUCGGAGGAAAUGCUCGAGUACUGCACACCGUAAAAAAUGAAGCGCGGGAGGAAGACGGUGAUGUCCAGUGGGUCGAGUCGACGUGAGCUUUUAAAUUCGUAUCGGAAUUAGCGACAGCUAAGCUAAGUGUAAAGUGUGACUGGUUGGUUUCCAAGAUGACCAAAAGCACAACGAAUAACGUGGGACGCGCCGGAGAUGAGACGUGAAACUUGGACUCUUUGGAACUUUUUUUGUAGUUGACAUAAAGCAGCAAACCUAAAAAAAAAAUCAUUACAUUUAUGAUGUACACAAAGGACGAUGAUACCAUAUGUUGCUUAAACACAUGGCGUUUUGUUGAGAAAAAAAAAAGGUAUUCUAACUUUUACUGUUGGUGAAAACUUACUUUCGUGCUGAACUCUGGAGUUGAAUUUUUAAAGUGAACCAGAUCAUUUCUCAGUUUAAAGUUGGAAAAGAUUAGUAUUAGAAGCAUUUUAUUGUAGCCGAAGUUAACUUUAACUUUAAUUUUAUUUUAGGAGACAGAAUAUGAUGGGAAACGUUUUGAUGGGAUCAAAUUCCAGUCAGCACAAAUAACUUUCUUUUUUUCUUUUUUAACAAAAAAAGACUCUUGCAGUAUUGCAUCGAAACAGAUGUUGCCUGUUUUUAUUAUUCGCUAGGUCAUUGGGGGCAGAGCUAAUGCUACAUUUGCUAUAUUUGUGAUCCGCUAACAAACCACUAUCUGUAAUUUUUUUUUUACUCUUUUGAAAAAUUUAAGGCAUAAAAAAUAAGGCAAAAUUGUAAUUUUAGCUAGUAGUAACAUUAGCUCAGGUAUCUUGGCUAAUCUUGCUAAAUUGAAAUAUCAUGUUGCGUAGCUAAGCAGAAUGUCACGCCGAAAAAUUACAUUCUAAAACUGAAGAAAUGUAACCUAAGCUCCGCCCCCAUGGUACCCCGCUAAGAUGUGCUUUUAGUCUUUCUGCUUUUUCUAUUCCGCACUUUCUCGAUCACAGAUGAAAGUUCUGCCCCUCGUCGUCCUACCCCACGGCUCUUAAUGACAAACUCAACAUUUUUACGUCCAUUGAAACGACGGUCUGGAUUUUACUGCAGGUUUAAGGCCCGAGUUAUAAACAGGUUGUGAAACGAUUCUUACUGCUUACAAUUUUAUUAAUAAGUCACUGUUCAUUUCCUCGUUGUUACAUGUUGGUCCGAGUGUGUUCUGCUCUCAGUAACAGCAGAAAAUCUUCCAGCUUCUGAUAUCGUCCUUUGGACAGCGAUGAUAAAAGCCACGACCUCGUUUAGAGGCGGUAAAGCGUGAUCACUGAGGAUACGGGGCAAAAAUUUUGGAGGGGUCAAAGUGGGGAGCAAGAGUAUCAACAGUGACACAGGAAAACUGAAUUGUUGUUGAAAAGCUAUAAAAGCAUUAAGAGAGUUAUAGAUGGAGGUAGCAGCGGGUAUCAGAGGAGCAGGAAUUAAAGAGGUAAAAUUGUACGUUUAUAAUUGUAGCGGUAUAGGGUUACCAUGGGGACCAAAGGAGAAAUAAGCCUAUCAGCAGGGGUAAUAGGGGCAAAUAGGGAAUUGGAAGCAUAAUGGAGUCAUCAGCAGGUGUCAGAAAAGGAGAAAUGGAGAAACAGGGUGAUUAGAAGGGCAAUGUGAAUAUAAUUGGGCGUCUAGGAUUGAGGAGUAAAUGAGUAUUAGGAGUUACUUAGGACGUGCAUCAAUGGCAUCAGAGGGAUAAAAUUAGGUGGUGUGUAUCAUCAGGCUGAUAAAGUGAAAAUUCGAAAGCUGGGGUGGUCAAUGGGGGGUUAAUACUGGUAUCUUGUUGGUAUCAGAUGGUCAAUGAGGGCUUCAGAUGAGAGUCUGUGAAAUUAGGGGGGUGUUAAGGGGGUAACAUUAGACGGGUAUCUGAGGGGGAAUUAGGAUCAAGAGUAUAUCAUGGGGGGCAAUAAGGAUCCCAGAGGGGUAGCAGCGCCAUGGAGGCAUUAAAAAAAAGCUUUAAAGUGACCUUGAUGUGUCUAUAAUAAAAACAGAAGUGUAAGUGUGUGUGUGUGUGUGUGAGAGAGAGAGAGAGAGCACUUAAUUUUAGUUUCUCACCUCCUAAAGUACUGUAUAAUGCAGUUGGGCCACUGCUAAGCAUUUAGUUUCAUUGCGACAUUUCCUCCUCACGUUAUUAAUGUCACUCUGAGUGUGUGUGUGUGUGUGUGUCUUUGACUGUAGUGUUGCUUUUUGUUAAACUGAACUUACUCUGUCUUUGUUCACUGAAAGCACUUUGUGUCAAGUCUUUUUUUUUUGAGCUGUUAAAGUUAUUUUCUUCAUUUUUUACCUGCAAGCGUUGUGUGUUUGGGUCUUAAAUGCGAUCCCAAAUUAAACAAUACAAGAAG